AUGGUUGGCCAUCAUGAGGAUGAAGACCAGCCCCUCAUGACAGACUCCGAGCGACGCGAGGCCAACAUCGACCUUGACGGCGACAACGUCAACUCGGAUGGUCCUCAACGGGCUACCCAGCGUGGGCGUGAGCGCGGUGACGACACCAACACCAACAACACCACAGCGGAUGCGGGACAUCCAGACGCACCUCUUGACACCAGCGACGGCACUCUUCAAGUAGAAGACGAAAGCGACCCGCCCACGCCGAGAUUCGUACAGGAUGAAAAUGCAUGGAAGAGGUGGAAAUGGGUUCCUUACCCUGUGCGCCGAAUGAUUCGGGCGGUUGGCAAGUGGUCCAAAGGUCCGGUGAAUCCGCAGCCUUAUCGGAUCAAGCCAUUCUUCCCCAUGAUCCAGGAAUACCCAUUGUUCUUGGUAGAAAAGAUCCUGCCAACCGUUAAACGACGCUUUUGGGUGCUAUUUUGCUAUUUUUCCAUUUGGCUCAUUACAUUUGUGCUCGUCAAAAGACAAGGGACCAUUGCCACAGAGGUGACUGGAUGGGGCCAGCCUCAGACCAUCGGAUGCGGUGCGACAUACUGGGGCUCAGGCAAUUCAUGCGGUGUUGACGGGAACGACUGUCGACCCUUUGGGGGUAGUGGAUUUGCUUUCCGCUGCUCUGCCAAUUGUGCCAGUUAUCAAGUACUAAAUCCGAGGGCAGUUGGAGACCAAGAGGUGGUUUACAGGCCUCUGAUUGUCGGUGGACCGUCAAACGAUGUUGCACCUGAGAACGCUACAUAUCGAGGAGAUUCGUAUAUUUGCGGCUCCGCCAUUCACGCCGGCGUCAUAUCAAACGGCAACGGGGGCUGCGGUGUUGUGAAGCUCGUUGGUAGGAGUCAAAAUUAUCUGAGCACGCAGCGAAAUGGCAUUACUAGUGUGGGCUUCAACUCAUACUUUCCGCUGUCGUUCUCGUUUCUGCCAGACAUCCAAUGCGAGUCCCGGGAUACUAGAUGGUCGCUUCUGGCCAUCUCGGUCGUCUUCACCGCGGUUUUAUCCAUCUUCACCUCGUCGCCAGCCAUGUUUUUCUUUCCCACUUUCAUCGGUGUCUUCUGGACUGUCGGCAUGGCGACCGAUCCACCGAGCAACAAGUCCGUCACAGCACUCUUCUCCAACAUCUUGGGCAAAUUCUUGCCAGCCAUGUUCGUAGCUUGGGUUAUGUACGACAAGAUGGGCGUCCGCCGCACGCUCAAGGGUCUGACAGCCCAAAUCGAAAAGACUGUUUUAUGGUUGGGUGCAUGCUGGGUUGGGGCGUUGGAUAACUACACUCUCAGCUUCAUCCCUAUUCAGCGCCUCAACGCUCACGACCUGAACCAACAGCCCGGCGCCAAAGCAGCUCUAUCCAUCAUUAUUAUUGUCCUCGUUGUCGUCGUCGCAACCCAGGUUUGGUUCUUCCGCCAAGAAGCCCGCUUCAUCAAAUAUAUCAAGCUCUACGCCAUCUUCCUCGCUGGCAUCAUCAUCUCGCUCGUUCUACCUGGCCUAAAUCUGCGCAUACACCACUAUAUCCUGGCGCUUCUUUUACUUCCAGGAACCAGUUUGCAAAUGCGGCCAUCCCUCCUCUAUCAAGGUCUCCUCAUUGGUCUAUUCAUCAAUGGAAUUGCCCGCUGGGGAUUCGACCCUGUUCUCCAAACAUCCGCCGCCCUUCAAGGUGAUGCCCAAAAGGGAACUCCUCUGCCUGUCAUCCAUACACCAGUCAUAGAUCUCUCGAACACGACCGCGUUGCAGUCAAACAUUACGUUUACCUGGGAUAAAUCCCAGUAUAAGCAAUUUGACGGACUUAGCAUUCUAGUCAAUGAUGUUGAGCGGUUUAGAACAUAUUUCACCGAUGUGGACGUCAAGGAGAAGUUUAUUUGGCAAAGGAACAAGACGUUGGAUUUGCCAGAGUACUUUAGAUUUGCAUUUAUGGACGGUAGCGACAGUGGAGAUUAUACCAAGGCGGGCAUCUGGACAAGUGAUGGAGAGUGGGCGGAGAUGAAGCCGGGACCUUCAAAGGUCAAGGUGAGGAGUAUUGGAGAGGAAGUUUUGAGAAGAUGA